UUUUAGAUGCAGAGUGUGUGAGAGAUGGAUUUAGGUAUCUGUGGCAGUCAUCCUUGUUGCUAACUGAUUUACUAUGUCUGACACGCUAUAGGCUAGAGUUGUAUAUCUCUGCGUGUGUGUGUGUGUGUGUGUGUGGGUGUGUGUGUGUGUGCGUGUGUGUAUGGAGAGCUUUAUAUAGCCACAGUUAUCCAGGAAGAAGGAAUGCCCUGGAUGCCAGUGACCAUAUUUGAACAGUGUGUCUGCUGCAGGCAGACUGCACACACUGACUGCAAACCCGUAACUCAGACUCACACACUCAGACACUCACCUCCCCUUCAUCUUUGCGCUCUGUGCAUGUGUGUGUCUGCCUUGUGUUGUAGUUCCACUGGAUGACCACUAUCAGGCAAUGUAAUACCUUCUCGAGUAGUGACAGCAGGGCUAUGCCUUCAGCUGACUUUUACUGACUCACAGCGAGCAAACUUCUCUCUCUCUUUCCAGCACUUUCUGGUUUCUUCUCUCUGACAAUCUGUUCUGCUGACUGACAACAUCCACUCUGACCCUGUAGAGGAAACUACUCCGCCUCUCUUUAUUUCUUAUCCUUCACUUGCUUUUUGCUCAUCGGUGACUGAAUACUUUCGGGGCAGCGGCGGCGGUUGAGCGUGCACGCUUUUGGGGAGAGUGAGUGUGUGUGUGUGUUGUGUUGUGUGUGUGUUUGUGUGCGUGUGAGUCAGUAUGCCAUGUCGUCCCCCGGCUCGUCGUUUGUGCAGAUAAAGCAUGAGGACCUGCUCUUCUAUGAGAACUGUGGAGGAGGCAGCUUUGGGAGCGUCUACAGAGCCCUCUGGAUAUCCCAGGACAAGGAAGUGGCUGUGAAAAAGCUUUUGAAGAUUGACAAAGAGGCUGAGAUUCUCAGUGUCCUGAGUCAUAAGAACAUCAUUCAGUUUUAUGGAGCCGUGCUGGAAUCUCCCAACUAUGGCAUUGUCACAGAAUAUGCUAGUGGAGGGUCUCUAUAUGAGUACCUUUCCAGUGAGCAGAGUGAGGAGAUGGACAUGGAGCAGAUCAUGACAUGGGCCAUACAGAUAGCCAAAGGGAUGCAUUACCUCCAUGGAGAAGCUCCAGUCAAAGUCAUUCACAGAGACCUCAAGUCACGGAACGUGGUCAUGACUGCUGACAAAGUGCUGAAGAUUUGUGACUUUGGGGCUUCCAAGUUCUUGUCCCAUACCACCCAUAUGACAGUGGUGGGCACUUUUCCCUGGAUGGCUCCUGAAGUCAUUCAGAGCCUGCCUGUCUCUGAGACUUGUGACACCUACUCCUACGGUGUGGUGCUGUGGGAGAUGCUGACUCGGGAAGUUCCUUUCAAAGGUUUUGAAGGGUUGCAGGUUGCGUGGCUGGUGGUGGAAAAACAAGAGAGGCUGACCAUCCCCACCAGCUGUCCAGCAAGUUUUGCAGAGCUUAUGAGGAAAUGUUGGCAAGCAGACCCAAAGGAGCGUCCACAGUUUAAGCAGGUGCUGGUAACCCUGGAGACCAUGGCCAACGACAGCAGGCUACCGGACCAGUGCAACUCCUUUCUACAUAACAAGGACCAGUGGAGGUGCGAAAUUGAGUCGACUCUGGAACGCCUUCGGAAGCUGGAGAGGGAGCUUUACUCCAAGGAGAAGGAGCUGGAGGAGAGGGAGAGGAGGCUCAAACUGUGGGAGGAGAGGCUGAUGGAGAGGUCCAACAUGACUCCUAGUCCAACCUCCCUACUCAUGGAACGCCCGUUCUUCACACCAAUGUCCAUCGGUUCCUCCGGCUCUUUCUUCCGCUCGCACUCUCAGGACUCCAACAGUGCAGGGGUCAGCAGUGCUGGCGUCAGCUGUCUUCUCCGCACUCUCAGCAACGGAGACACCGAGAGGGGGAGCAGUGCAGGGGGGAUGGGCUCCCUCGACAGUGGGAGGCUGCACGCCAUGCUCCGAGGGUUGCAGGGGAGGUUCGGAGAGGAUGACGAGGAAGAGGAGGGAACACUGGAGGAGAAAGGCUGGGGGCAGAGGGAUAGAGACAGUGAAAGUGGGAGUAUGGAGGGAGGGAGGGUGCAGGUGACACUCAGGAGCUUCCCGGGCGGUGUGGUGGAGAGGGAGGAGAGGACGUGGGAGGAGGGAGACAGGGAGCGAGGAGGGAUGCAGAGGAGCAGGGUGACCACCAUAGUCCGAGGCUAUUCGGGUGGGUUCGAUGCAGAAGGGGAGAGGGAGAAAGAGGGAGGAUGGGAGAUAGAAAAAGUUGGGGACAGGCUAGAUGAGGGAGGGAUGGAAGGAGGGAGGCUGCCGACCAUGUUUAAGGGUCUCCAUGGGAGUUUGGGGGGCUUGGGGGACAUGCUGUCCUUAGACAUAGAUGAGAUGGGGGAUAUGGACAGACUAGGUGACAUGGACAUGGACAUGGGGGACAUGGGGGUCAUGAAGGUCGUAGGUCAUGGUGUCAGGAGUGAGGUGGGGGUCAGGGGUCGUAGGAGUGACGUGGGAGUUGUAGUCCAGGGAGUCAGAGGUGACGUCAGUGAGGCCAUGAGCCAAAAGAUAAGAGGGGAAGUGGGUGUCAUCGGUCACUCGGGGGUGCAGGGGGUACAGGUGAGCAUGCGGGCUUCGUCCAAUCAGAACUCUGUGAAGAGCUGCAGUGUGCGACACGGAACCAAAAUCAACAUGGCUACUGCAGCCAUGGACAUGAUGGAGCUCGAUUGGUCUGACAGUGACUAGACGACACAUUAGCACACACAGACGCACAGAAAACACACAUAGAAAUACACACAGAGGCCAAACUAGAAAGAUUGACUUGUUCGCAUACGGUAUCUGAGCUACAGUAUGUGCAUUAGAAUCUCCAGUUGAAGAAUAACUGAUUAUACACACAUUUCUUUUGUUAAAAUAUUCUUUUUUUUUAUUGAAGCGAUGAAUAUUACAAACUGUGUACUGUGAAGUAGGAAGGAGCAACAAGACAAUCGGAGGUUGUCUUGUCAUGUCAGAAUGACUUCACCUGUGUAAUUUAACGUGCUAUUAAAACUGCUGCAUAACAUACUGUAAGAGGUACAAGUGUUACAAAAUAACACACUUGAAUGCCGCUCUAAUGAGGCAGCACUGUCUGAUAUUUUUCUCCUGCUUAUAUCUUGUAGUUUGUAGACUUGAUUUGUUCAAAACGAGCUUUGACUUUAUCAGUUCUAACUGUGAUCUAGUGUGUGAAUUUUUUGGCAUUUUUUUCUCUGUAUAUUUUAUCCUUUUUCAAUAAAAAGAAAAGAAACUGA